AUGGCUUCCAUCGACGAGUUGGCCGCCACUCUCAAGGGCUUCGGCCUCACCGAUGUCCCUGCGGCGCCCAACACGUACCCAAAGCACAACCCUCUGGACAUCUACCGCUCCCACAUCACCGAGCUGCUUGCUCAGGCCAGCGGUGUCGACGCUAAAAUCAUCUACCCUGUCCUCCAAUGGACCCAGACGUUGGACAAGGGCGACCUGACCCUGCCUGUGCCCGCCUUGCGCAUCAAGGGCAAGAAGCCGGAUGAGCUGGCCAAGGAGAUUGGCGAGAAGUUCCCCGGCUCUCCUCUCGUCGAGAAGCCCACCGUCUCUGGUACCUACAUCUCGUUUUUCUUCAAGCCGCAGCCUCUCCUCAACAUUAUCCUUCCCUCCAUUCUCAAGAACAAGUCUUCUUUCGGCAAGAACCCCGCCUUUGGUCAGAAAGAUGCCUCUGAUCCUUCCAAGGGCCGUAAGCGCCUUGUCAUCGAUUUCUCUUCGCCCAACAUCGCCAAACCCUUUGGCUACGCACACUUGAGAAGCACCAUCAUUGGUGGUUUCAUCAGCAAACUCUACGAGGGUGCCGGCUGGGACGUCGUUCGUCUGAACUACCUUGGUGACUGGGGCAGACAGUAUGGUAUUCUGGCUGUCGGUUACAAGAAGUACGGAGAUGAUGCAAAGCUGAAGCAAGAACCCAUCAAGCAUCUUGUUGAGGUUUACCAGCAGAUGACCAAGAUUCAAAAGGAAGAGGAUGAGCAGAUUAAGACCAAGCAAGAGGCGAUCCAGACGCUCAAGAAAGAGGGAAAGGAGGAAGAAGCUUCGAAGCAACAAGCGCAGCUUGAUGAGGAAAUUGCCAAGAGCGUCAGCCAGCAGGCUCGUGACUACUUCAAGCGCAUGGAGGACGGCGACAAGGAAGCCAUGGAGUUCUGGAAGUGGUGCCGUGACUGCAGUAUCGAGGCUCUGGAGAAGUCCUACGCUAGGCUGAACGUCCACUACGACGUCUACUCUGGAGAGUCGCAGGUGAAGAACGAGAGUAUGGAAGCCGCGGCAAAACAGCUGGCGGAUUCUGGUGUCUCUGGAGAUUCCGAUGGUGCCGUCAUUGUCGAUCUCACCAAGCAUUCCAAGAAACUGGGCAAGGCGCUCGUCAAGAAGAAGGACGGCACAUCCCUUUACCUUACCCGUGAUAUCGGCGCCUGCGUCGAGCGUUUCGACACGUACAACUUCGACAAGCAGAUCUACGUCGUCGCUACGCAGCAAGACCUGCACUUCGCGCAACUCUUCAAAAUACUUGAGCUCAUGGGCCGCAAAGACCUGUCUGAUCGCUGCCAGCACAUCAACUUCGGCAUGGUCAACAAAAUGUCGACUCGGCUGGGUACUGCCAAGGCACUUGACGAGGUGCUCAACAUCGUUGGCGAGAAGAUGCACGAGGUGAUGAAGACCAACCAGGCCAAAUAUGAGCAGGUCGAGAAUCCCGAGCAGACGGCGGACACUCUGGGCAUCGCUGCCGUCAUGGUUCAGGACAUGAAGGGCAAGCGCAUCAACAACUACGACUUUGAUUUGGCUCGUAUGACGUCUUUCGAGGGUGACACCGGUCCGUACCUCGAGUACGCACACGCUCGUCUUUGCAGCAUUGCUCGCAAGGCGGGCAUUUCCGAUGCAGAUGUUGCCGAUGCGGACUUCUCUCUUCUCACGGAGAAGCAUGCUGUGGAUCUCGUCAGGUUGUUGGCGCAGUGGCCCGACACCUUCGUUGACACCAUGAGAAAGCAUGAGCCCGCGACGGUGCUCACUUACCUGUUCAAGAUGACGCACGCUGUCAGCAGCAGCUACGACCACCUGCAGGUUGUCGGCAGCGAGGAGCCCGUUAAGAAGGCCAGAAUGGCGCUGUACAUCUCUGCCAGGCAAGUGCUGCGCAACGGUAUGGAGCUUUUGGGCCUCACUCCCGUGGAGAGGAUGUAA